AUGUUGCAAUCUACUUCCGCUUCCUCCACCUGCCAAUCAAUUGAAUCUCAGUCGAACCAUCAGCAUAAUAAGAUACUCUCAAGAUCGGACCAUAAUCAUAAGAAGAAAAUUGUUCCACGAACAAUGGAAUAUGUCUAUGCCCCGGAAGAAGCUUUUGUCACGACCAUAGCAACAUUCACUUUAUUCGGUCUUUGGCCUUCUGCAGUAAAACAUCCAAUACUAAGUAUUGCUUACAGAAUCUAUGGAUUUAUUUACCAGCUAUUAUAUAUCAUUUCGCUUCUUCCGACACAACUUAUCAAUAUUUAUAUAAUGCGGGGCAAUCUGCAAAAAUUGGUCGAAAGUUCCUUUUUUACACUAACAUGUGCUGGAUAUGCAACCAAAUUAUUUUUAAAAAAGGAACAUCUGGCGGUGUUGAAAUCUUCAAAUAAUACUGCAGAAUUGAACUCUAUGGUUUAUCUUGCAUUGUGCCUGUUCACUUGUAUGUGGUGGAUCAUGUAUCCUUUUGUGGAUAGCAAACAGGAAAAAGUGUUACUCUUUGCAGCAUGGUAUCCUUUCGACACAUCAAAAAAAUCAAUUUAUGGUUACACAUACGCCUUUCAAACAUUAUUAUUAUUAACAACAGCUUCUAUGGCUUCGAUGAUGGACAUGCUGGUCACCAAUUUUUACGUGCUGAUGGUGGGGCAAAUAGAAAUAUUAAAGCAAGACUUUAGAUCAAUUGCAGAUACUGUUGUGAUCGGCAAACUGUCCAAUGCAAAAUUUUCGGACGGAACAGAAACCAAUAAUGAAAAAUUAACGUCUGGCCAAGAAGGAAGGACUCACUUAGUUUCUCAAACAAAAUUGCAACGUCUGAAACAUCUGAGUGCCAUAAACCCAUCAAAGUUUUCAUUCUCUGAAGCAGAAUACUUUGAGAAAAGUUUACAAGAACGCAUUAUACACUGUGCCGAACAUUACGAAGCAAUUUAUACCUUCGUUAAUGACGUAACUCAAUUGUUCCAAAUUGGAAUUGUUGCCCAAAUUUGCGCAAGCAGUAUCGUCAUAUGCGUAACAUGUUUCGAAUUGACAUCGCUCUCACCGUGUACGUUGCAAUUUUAUGUUAUGCUGCAAUAUCAAAUUUGCAUGCUUACCCAAAUAUUUAUUUAUACCUGGCGAGGAAACGACAUUAUUGUUAAGACUUCUGAGCUGCAGAAUGCAAUAUACGAUUGUGCGUGGCCGUCAAUACCAGAGAAAGAAUUUAGAAAAUCGUUGUGCAUCAUAAUGACACGACUACAGAAAUCAGUACAACUGCGCGUUGGAAACUUUUUUUUAUUAUCAGUUGACACCUUUUUUAACAUUUUAAGAUCAGCCUACUCAUUCUACAUUCUUCUUAAACAAAUCCACGCUACGGAUACUUGAAAUACUUAUUAUCCAGGAAUUAUUUAUAAUAAUCCA